AUCCGAAUCAACAUCCGACACUACCAAUCACCGAGCUAUGAUGGUAUAGGACCAGAACAAUUCUCAGUAAUACCUGAGCUUAAGGUUGCGGCUCUUGUCGCGGACUCUCUUCAAAGGCGCACAUUUUCGCUCUAUCCGGAAAUAUAACCCCGGUUAGGAUCUACGUCAAAAGUGGGGUAGCUAGCUCUUCACGGGAUAUCCUCUGCUUGGAAUGGAUAACUUAUCGAUGAGGACUACUUGAGCUCCAGCUUUAGAUAUCUUCAUUUGAACGAGUCCAAGAGAAGAAGAGAUAUAAUACUAGUGCUUUAUACUCUUCGUGAACGAAUUACCGCCGGGCGCUCAAGCACUGAAGCAGCGAAGCCCCCAGAAUCGAGCUUUCAGGUCGAGCUCAGGUCAACUGAGCAAACGAAAUCCGACAUCAUGAGCUAUUCAGAGUACUUGUAUGGGAGAGGACAGGAAAUUACUAGGUCGAUAAACCAGGACCUAUACGCUCUCUCUUCAAUGUCAACCCCAGCAAAGCUCGGCGUCGUUGGCGCUGGUCUUGCCAUUCUCCUCGCAAUAAAGUUAAUCUCUGCGGCGUUUCACCGCCCCCUAUCUUCCAAAUCCUCGAUACCUACAAAAGCCCAACGGUCGCAGGCCAUGAAACGGGAAUUCAACUCGGUAGAAAAGGGCAAUGAAAGUGUCCAAAAUCUGGCUGAUUUGAAGAGGCAAGGAGAGCCAACGAUGGAAAUUGCACAGCUCUGGGUAUAUCCCAUCAAAGCACUCCGAGGCUGUCAAGUUCCCACCGCCACCUUGACACCAGAGGGUUUCACUCACGAUAGGAAAUUUGUAUUACUCAAGGAUCUUGAGAAGACUCCUCGACAGGUUCAGCACAUGGCCGUCACAAAAUUUCCAAACGUCUGCCUCUUCCACACCUCUAUCCAGGGGAACAUACUCACCGUCACUUACCGGCCUCCCGGAGCCGCUCAAGCGGAUGGCCAAGAGUUGAAAAUUCCCCUGGAGCCGCCGAAUUUCGACAAAUCCGAGAGAAUAGAGGUGAACAUGCAUUCCAGCCCGACGAUUGCGUUCGACAUGGGCGCGAAAUAUAAUCAAUGGUUCUCGGACAUCUUCGGCUUCAAAGUUAUCCUCGCAUACUGGGGCGGCAAUCCUCGCCAGGUUCUAGGGAACCUACCUGGUAAGCCCUCCAACGUCUCAUCCAAGCCCCGGACGCCAAUCUUCCGCAUCCUCAACCAGGUUCCCAUCAUCAGCCGCCUUCUCCGACCAGACGACGGAGUAAUCGCCUUCAACGACUGCGCGCCCUACCUCGUGAUCACCGAGGAGUCGACCGCGGACGUAACCUCUCGGCUCCCCGACGGCAUCACCAUGGACAUGACGAAAUUCCGUGCCAACAUCAUCCUCCGCAAGUCGCCGGCGGCCUUCGACGAGGAUUUCUGGGGCCAAUUAAUAUUCGGCGACGAUACGAGGAUCAUCUUGACGGGCAAUUGCGGGAGGUGCGUCUCGUUGAAUAUCGACUACGCAUCGGGCACCUCGGGGGCGGGCAGAGAUGGACAGGUGUUGAAGCUGCUGUCCUCGGAUAGAAGGGUGGAUCCUGGGAUGAAGUAUAGUCCGAUAUUUGGCCGGUAUGGAUUUGUGAGUAGGCGGUCAGAGGGGAAGGUUCUGCGGGUGGGUGAAGAGGUGGUUGUUGGAAAGAGGAAUGCGGAGAGGACUAGGUUCUGUAAGUCUUCCUUGAUAUUACUUCGAGCGACAUCUGAUUCUAUGAUGUAG